UUCCCGCCGCCUCCCGCCGCCGUUUCCCGCCAUGGCCGGGUUCGAUCCGGCGGCGCUGCCCGACCUGCUCCCGGUCUUUUACCGGCGGCUCUUCCCGCACGGCCCCUACGGCCGCUGGCUCAGCUACGGCGGCGUGGUGAAGAACUACUUCCAGCUGCGGGAAUUCUCCUUCACCCUGCGGGACGAUGUCUACCUGCGCUUCCAGUCCUUCAGCAGCCCCCAGGAGCUGGAGCGGGAACUGCAGAAGAUCAACCCUUACAAAAUCGACAUCGGGGCUGUCUACUCCCACCGGCCCAACCAGCACAACACGGUGCACCUGGGAGCCUUCCAGCCGCAGGAGAAGGAGCUGGUCUUUGACAUCGACAUGACGGAUUACGACGAUGUCCGGACGUGCUGCAGCUCGGCUGAUAUCUGCUCCAAGUGCUGGACACUGAUGACCAUCGCCGUCCGCAUCAUCGACCGCGCGCUCGUGGAGGACCUGGGCGUGCGGCACCGCCUGUGGGUGUACUCGGGCAGGAGGGGCGUGCACUGCUGGGUGUGCGACGACGCCGUCAGGAAAUGGUCCCCAGCUCUGAGGGCAGCUGCUGUGGAGUACCUGAGCCUGGUCAAGGGCGGUGCAGACACGGUGAAGAAGGUGACCCUCUCCCACCCCGUGCAUCCCUUCAUCAGGCGCUCGGUGGCCGUGGUGCAGGAAUACUUCGAGAGGCACGCGCUGCUGGGCCAGGACAUCCUGGGCAGCCCUGAGAGGUGGGACAGGGUGCUGGCCCUGCUCCCCGAGGAGCUGCGGGAGCCGCUGCAGGCCGAGUUUCCGCGGAAGAAGGACUCGGUGCAGCGCUGGGAGCUGCUGCGGGCCCGCGCCGAGCGGGAGCGGGAGCGGGGCCGGGCCGGGCACCCCGAGUGGGAGGUGAUGCUGCAGCUCUGCUUCCCCCGGCUGGACUGCAACGUCAGCAAAGGGCUCGGGCACCUGCUCAAGAGCCCCUUCAGCGUGCACCCCAAAACAGGGCGCAUCUCAGUCCCGCUGGACCUGCAGAGGCUGGAGGAGUUUGAUCCGUUCUCAGUGCCCACCAUCACGUCCCUGUGCCAGGAGCUGGACGCUGCCGGCAGCGAUGGCGAGCAGGAGGAGGGGGGGGACACGGAGCCCAAACGGCGCAUGAGGGCCCCUCCCCACGCCCUGCAGACUACAGGAGGACGAGCCUGGCCCCGUACGUGCGGCUCCUGGAGCAGUUCGUGGAGGAGAUGGAGAGCGCCCGGCGGGGGGAGCGCAUCCGCCGCAGCGAUCUUCAAGGAGAUUUCUGAGCCCUGGACACUGCCAGUGUCCCCUGUGUUGUCACUGUCACCUCCCCUGGCCGCGGGGGUCCCAUGGAGCAGCCAAACCCCCCGGGGCUGCCCCUGCCCUGGUUUUGUACCUUUUGUACUGUUUUUUACACAAAACCCAUUAAAUGUUUCUGGUCACCCCUGUGCUGGGAGGUGCUGAGGAGGGUGGGGGUCCCCUCAGUGUGAGGGGGAGCUGGGGGAGGGGGUCCCUGCUCUGCUCAAUGUGUGGGGUCGCUGCCCCCAGUCCCCUGCCUGGACCCUGUCCUGACCCUGUGACCCCCUGUCCU